CACUCACAAUAAAGCCAGGGCCAAAGAAGAAAGUUACAAAGAAUUUUUAUUUUGCAGUUGAAGUCGGGUGGGGGAGCAGCAGGUCGGGUAAUCGAGUCUCCCGCAGCCAUUUUUCUUUCGUCUUUCGUCUUGAAACCCUCGUGCUUACAUUCAUGUCGCAAGACAAGGGGCGCCCGCUGCCAAAGUUCGGUGAGUGGGAUGUGAAUGACCCAGCUUCAGCAGAAGGAUUUACUGUGAUAUUUAACAAAGCAAGAGAUGAAAAAAAGACAGGUGGUAACUCUAGGAUCCCUGGUGUUCCUGCAGAUUCUCCUGCUAAAGAUGAUGAUGUUUAUAAGCACCAUGGAGAUCAGAAUAAGCCAGCUGCUAGAAAGUGGCUUUGCUGCAUGCAGCCUAGUGCUGUGGAGUCCUAACAAAGUUAUUUAGAUCUUCUAGUUUCUGGGUUUUUUUUUUCUACUUUUGAAGAAAUUGAUGUAGUUCAUUGUACUGGGAACUCAGAUGUAUUAUAGAGGCCUGAGUUGCAGCAAGUACUAGACUGAAGAUCCAGCUGUUUUAUGUUAAAAUAUGAUAAAAAAGAGAGGAGGAAGGGGUGGUAUACAUGGUGGGUGUUAUGUUUUUGUUCAUUACAGCUCCUGUUUGUAUAUGAUUUUGAGUCUUCAAUGUACUGGUUUGGUUCAUUUGUACACCUGAGAGCGGAACAGAAGGUUUAUAUUUAUUUAGCAUUGAGGCUCAUUGUGUGAUACAGUUUAAAGCUGCCAAUUCGUAAUAUUUUUUUUUUGAUGAACAGAAGUUGCCAUCCAUUUUUUCAGAAUUAUUCUAAAUUAAAUACAUAUGCAGUGGGAAAUAGUUAUCGUGAA